AUCUCUCUUUGUUUUACUGUUCUACUCUCCUCUAACCAAACAUCAUAUUCUAUUGCUGGAUGUGUUAAUCGUACUCCCUUCAAUUGAAUCGGAAAGUUUUGUAACACAGCGCAUCAUGGAGGUUCACCAUAUUACGACAUCCCCGAAGAUUCUCUUCAGUAAGGUGCGCAAGAUUGUGCCGCCUAUGCUGGAGAAAUUCCACAAAGGCCAGCAUGGUCGUGUUGCAGUCAUUGGAGGGUCUCUAGACUACACGGGAGCUCCAUAUUUCUCUUCCAUGGCUUCUGCUAGACUAGGUUGUGAUAUGAGCCAUGUUAUCUGUGAGCGAUCUGCAGCUACGGUCAUCAAGUCUUAUUCUCCGAACCUGAUGGUCCACCCUUUGCUACCAAGCAGCGAGUCCGUACAAGAUCCGAAUUCGAUUGAUGCGCCAAGCCUUGCUAGUCCCAUCAUUGACAUGUUGUCCCGUCUUCAUGCCCUAGUAAUAGGACCGGGGCUGGGUCGUGACGGGGUAACACUGAAAGUGGUCACGGAAGUCCUGAAAGAAGCGCGAUCUCAGUCGAUACCGUUUGUUUUGGACGCUGAUGGACUGAUGCUUGUUACUGAGCAACCAGACCUUGUUAGAGGCUACAAAGAUUGCAUUUUGACGCCUAACGUUAACGAGUUCAGCCGUUUGGCCAAGGCGUUAAAUAUCGAUGUCCCAAGCAUCGCGCAGAUCGAGUCAGAUGGAGGCGACAAGACGAGUCGAGAAACCGAAGCCUGCGAGAAGCUGUCACAAGCUCUCGGUGGCGUGACAAUCAUCCAGAAAGGGCCUCAUGAUGUGAUAUCAAAUGGUGUAACGAGCAUUGUCAACGAUAUUGUUGGAGGAUUGAAGCGCAGUGGAGGUCAGGGAGACACGCUCACGGGAUCGUUGGGCACGCUGCUGGCCUGGCGAGCAGCUUACCACAAUGGACUUUGGGAUUCGGGCGAGAAAGACAACCAGAAGGAGGCGCAGAGUAAGCAGGAGAUCCAGGCGGAGCUUGAGUCAUCGGACAGAAGAAUGUCUCCAGCAACGACACUCCUGCUUGCUGCCUGGGCAGGUAGCGGAAUUACUAGAGAGUGUUCUCGCCGCGCCUUUGAGGCCAAGGGCAGGAGCAUGCAGGCUAGUGACCUCACCGACGAGGUCCAUGAAACUUUCCUAAAGUUAAUUGGUGAGCCAGAGCAAUCGAAGAUGCGCCUGUAAACUACCUUCGUGGCUUGCAAUGUAUCGUUCCAAAUAGCCAUACACUUUGAUACAACAUGAAGUUGGGGUUUAGCAUAUCGUAAUUUAGCUUUUCUCUAUGUUCCGCCAUUCUCUAUCCAAGAACUCUUCGUCUAGAAACACUAUAAAUAGUACGUUACUCUACUGUCGCCAAUCGUCAAGGGAGUACAUCAAUCACUCUGAGCUAAAUCGCUGACAAGUAUAGUUUUGCAGAUGAAAGAGGAGUUACCCGGAUCCCUCGCUUCGAACUCUCCACUAUUCGCCAAGUUCCAGGAUGGCCCUCGUCGAUAUACGAGAGCGGCAGCGAAGACGUCUCUACUGAGAGCUGAACAUCCCGUCAGGAAAUGACUAUCUGUUCUACCGGUCCAUUCAUGGCACAGACAUGACAAACCUAUGACAAAGGGAUAUACAGUGCUGACACCUCAAGACUGACAAGUCAAAGCAAUUCUCUACCACCGGCGUCAUCUACGC